UGGCCGAGUCGUGGUGGGCUGGAACCUGCGCUGCAGGACGGACGCCAAGAGGAGACAGGUGCGGGCGAGGGGUGCUGUUCUGAGUGAGACCUUGUGGCCGGAGCUGAGCGGUGAGCCGGCUCAAUAAAUAAUUGUUGAAGGAAUGAAAAGACCAUGGAAGGAGGAAGAGCAGCAGCAGAAGUGGUGAAACAGGAAGCAACAUCUCGUCAGGCAGAACCUGAAGGUGCCAUCCAGUAGCUUCGCCUCACGUCACUGAUUGCCCUCAGUCGGAAAUCUUGACUUGCAACUUUGGAGGGUGGGUCUCUGAAAGAAUUUCAGAGCUUACUCGGAGAUGAGGUGUGUUGCUCUCUGAGGAGAACGAAGCCAGCUGGAACACUGGAGAUCUGGCUCUGACUGCCCUCCACAAGCCAGGGGCAUCUUUUGCGAACUGGAGUUUCAGAAAGAAUGUUUCAGACAUUUAAAGAAUGGUUUUGGUUGGAAAGAUUCUGGCUUCCUCCAGCAGUAAAGUGGUCAGAUCUUGAAGAUCACGAUGGACUCGUCUUUGUAAAACCUUCUCAUUUAUAUAUGACAAUUCCAUAUGCUUUGGGCUUGCUGAUUAUCAGACAUUUCUUUGAAAAGCUUAUUGCUGCACCUCUAGCAAAAGCAUUUGGCAUUAAAGAAGGAGGUCGAAAGAAGGUUCCACCAAAUACCAUCUUAGAAAAUUUUAUCAAACAUUCUACAAGGAAACCAUCUCGAACUGAUAUUUACGGACUGGCAAAGAAGAGUAACUUGACAGAGCGCCAGGUUGAAAGAUGGUUGAGGAGUUGGCGGAACCAAGACAGGCCUUGCAGGAUGAAGAAAUUCCAGGAAGCUAGCUGGCGGUUCGCAUUUUACUUAAUGAUGACUAUUGCUGGAAUUGCAUUUCUUUAUGAUAAACCUUGGGUGUAUGACCUAUGGGAGGUUUGGAAUGGCUACCCCAGGCAGCCCCUGCUGCCCUCCCAGUACUGGUACUACAUUUUGGAGAUGAGUUUUUAUUGGUCUCUCUUAUUUAGCCUUGGCUCAGAUGUCAAGAGGAAGGAUUUUCUAGCUAAUGUCAUCCACCACCUGGCUGCUAUUAGUCUGAUGAGCUUUUCUUGGUGCGCUAAUUAUAUUCGCAGUGGGACCCUGGUGAUGCUCGUGCAUGAUGUCGCUGACAUUUGGCUGGAGUCUGCUAAGAUGUUUUCUUAUGCGGGAUGGCAGCAAACCUGUAACACCCUGUUUUUCAUCUUCUCUGUCAUAUUUUUCAUCAGCCGCUUCAUCAUCUUUCCCUUCUGGAUUCUGUACUGCACGCUGAUUAUGCCUCUGUUCUACCUGAAGCCUUUCUUUUCCUACAUCUUCCUCAACCUACAGCUCAUGGUCCUGCAAGUCCUUCACCUUUACUGGGGAUAUUUAAUAGUGAAGAUGCUCAAAAGAUGUAUAUUCGCAAAGAGCAUACAGGAUGUGCGGAGUGAUGAUGAGGACGAGGAUGAGGAUGAAGAAGAGGAAGAGGAGGGAGCAGAGGAGGAAGAGGCUGCCAAAGGCAAUGAGAAAGACUGUGUGAAGAAUGGCCUGGGGGCCAACAGGCACCUCAUUCCCAACGGGCAGCAUGGCCGCUAGCAGGGAGUCCCGCUGUUCCCGGAGCCAGGGCACUGAUGGGCUGCUGGACGCCAGAAACGUCCCCCACCCUCCUCCUGUGGCCACAGGACCCACAGAGAACCUCGAUUCUGUUUGCCCUUCUUUCUAACCACGUUCCCCACCCCCCCAAUAUGUAUUUAACAAAAUGUUGUUAAUUUGUGUUAAAAUGUUAAAUAUAAGCAUCCCGGUGGACUUUACUGCAGUAGUACUCAGGCUGGUCAAAGAUUUCAAAGGUUUCUCCAGAGGACUGUUUCAGUCCUGGUUGUGUUCACGCGUGCAGUAGAGACAGUCGACUCCUUCAGGAGCUCGCUGUGAGGCAGACCCUUCAGCUUCCCUCCAUGCCACCCUCAGAACGGGUUGAGAGCUUGAGUCAACCCCUUUUUCCAGGGGUGCCACGGAGAGCAACUUGUCUCCUGAAAAUGAGUUAGAGGUGGCAGCGAAACGGUGGCAGAAGGACCAAGCCAAGGGACCAGGCUUCCGAGGCUCAUGGGCCACUUUCUGCCAUGGGGAUUUAUUUAAACCUUCCAGGCUGUGGUGCUUCAUCUCUCUAAUGGGAAUGUUUGGUACCUGCCCUGCCUACCUCACAGGGUUAGAGUAAGGGUCAAAUGGGAUGAUAAUAGAAGUGAAAGUGUGUAGUCACCGGUGGUGUUCUUGUUAACUGACCCCCUUUUCACUAUAAUUCCACCUCUGGGAGGGAGAAAUGUGCUUAAACUUUAGCACUGGAUGUCUGAACCAAAGAUGCAAUCUUUAAAAAUUCCUUAUAAAUGUGUUUGGAGAUACCUGGAAAUAGAAAUGCCCAGAAAAGACUCCCCCAGGGUUAUUCUCGAAUGCCCUGGAAUUCUCCUCUCUUGGGCACCAUAGCCAAGGGGGGAGUCUGGGCUCCUUCCCUCUUGUCUCUGUUGAUGACUUACUUUAUGCCUCUGUAAGAGGAAAGCUUCCCUGCUGCUCCCUGAACCCUCCCUCAGGCCAGCAAAGGCCUGGUGUCUACCCUGGGUUUUGGGGUGGUAGGACCUAGGUCAGGCUGCUCAACCUUCCAUUGCAGCCAGGAUGCUGAGCCUUUGGAGCAUGACAUGCACAUGAGCUCCUGACCAAAAGGAAAUCUUGGAAACAGAAAGAGCAUGCUGCACUCUUUCGCCUCUCCUGUCUAAUCCGAUCACACUGCAUAACCAAAAGCCUGAACAACCAUCGCCAAAAGGCCAGAAAUACCCCUGAGAACUGUGGAGGGUCAGGUGCUAGCAGCAGCAGCAGCUCCUGGGGCAGCCACCUAACUCUUGGGCUGGGUGAGUCAGGAGCCACCCUUGUCCCCACAUGUCCCGAGUCCAGUGUGCACAGCAGGCCCGGAGAGAGACUUGUCAGGUUUCCACAAAUGAGGCAGACUCAGCCCUGCAGAGGAAGAGCCCAGCAGGACACGCACACCCCCUGCCCCAGCCGCUCUCAGGUGUUGGCCCUGUUCUGCACCUUCCUCCUGUUUUGCUCAGGAUCUGUAUUAUAAAGUCAAGAGGGAGGCUGGACUCCAGGGACUAGAAAAUACCCACAGGGCGCCAGCGAUGCAGGCCUGGACCUGGCAGGGCGCCGCUUCACAGUAAGGUGCUGCGCCAGGCUGAACAAAAAUCAAAAACUUCAGAAUUCCUUCCCCAAUCAAAUCUCCUUUUGAGGAAUAGUUAGAAGAACAGAAAAAUAGUUGUCAAGUUCUCUGCACCCUACUUGCUUUUUGCGUACAAGGACAAGCGCAUAGAAUGCAUAAUGUGAUAGGACAAAUCUCUAAUGCCUGCCUUCACGGUAGGGCACAGCUAGUGAACAAUUAUUCAUAUUACAUUAUUGCUGUUGUUGUUAUUGUUAUUAUUUCUGGUGGAAGAAGAUGACACUAAGAUAUUAUUUUUUGUGUUUCCAGUUAACAUUACUUUCUCCUUCAUUUAUUUUGGUCUUGUCUCUGUAACAAAUAUCUUCUUGCUUAAGGUAAAGAAAAAGUUUAUUUGCUUUUCUAUUCUCCAGGGUUUUAUUCCCCCCUUCUUAUUUAAAUAACUAAGGUACAACUGAUAUGCCAAUUUCAACCAUCUCUCAUACAGCUGGAAGCAUUAAAAUACCUCAGGAGAGGCAGA